AUGGUGAAUGAACAAUUAACCUUGCAAUUGUUUAGUCAAACUAUGACUAGCGAUGCUAGAUCAAUCAAAGCAGCCGAACAGCAGUUAUUUGAAUUACAGAAAGAACCAGGUUUCCUUUCCUUUCUUCUAAACACUACAAAUAAUGCCCAGUUGGAAAUACCAAUCAGAAUGAGUUGCGCAAUUUAUAUGAAGAAUAUGAUACAAAGAAGUUGGAACUCUCGCAAGACGGUUAUUAUUUCUCCAGAGGAGAAAGAUGCUGUGAAGCCGGCUUUGAUUAAUGCAUUAAUAACUAACUAUGAGAAUAAUCAUAUUAGACCACAUAUUACUGAAUCUAUCGGCGCCAUCUUAAAAUGGAAUGACGAUUGGGUCUUCACCAACCAGGUUGUUGAGCUAUUGCAAUCUGGGAAACAAGAGUAUAUUUAUCCAGGUCUAUUGUUGAUUUUUGAAGUAUGUAUCAAUCACAGAUGGGACAUGUACGGCAAUAGGCAAUACAUUGACGCAUUUAUCGAUAGCGUCUUUCCAGUAAUGGAACAGAUUGCUGGUCAGCUAGUUAACCAAGAAAGUCAUAAGUCGAACGAAAUGUUGUACUUGAUAUUGAAGUCAUUCAAAUAUGGUUGUUUGAAUAACUUCCCAAGUUAUUUCACGAAUAUUGACAAACUAAAUUCUUGGAUUCAAUUGCAUCUUUUCCUUUGUUCCAAACCGAUGCCGUCUGAGACUAUGGCCUUGGAUUUGGCUGAUAGGUCCUUAGACAAAAGGGUAAAAGUUAAUAAAUGGGCUUUCGGUAAUUUAUACAAAUUUAUUGCAAAGUAUAGCAGGACCACAAAGGCUAUCAAUCAAGAAAUGGUCGACUACGUUUUCCAAAAUAUUGUUCCAACCAUUUUACAAGAAUAUUUCAAAGUCAUUGAACUAUGGGGUGCCAACAAAGGAACAUUAUGGCUCAGCGAAUCCGCAUUACAUUAUUUAAUUCAAUUUUUGGAAAAAUGUGCGAUUGAAAAUACAUUAUGGUCAAUGAUUCAACCACAUUUUGAGAGCAUUAUCAACCAUGUUAUUUUCCCAUGUCUUUGCGCCUCUGAUGCAUCCGUAGAAUUGUUCGAAGAAGAUCCAGAAGAAUAUACAAGACGUUAUUUCGACAUAAACAAAGAAAGUUCCACAGCAGACGUGGCUGCCACAGACUUUAUUUUUGUUAUCGGUCACAAAAGAAUGGAAGAGGUUAACAAACUAUUGCCUUUGAUCAACCAAGUAUUCCUCCAAUAUCAACAGAAUGACGUUAUCCAAGCGGCCUACCAAGAGGAGGGUGCUUUGAGGAUGUUAUCUACUUUGUCUUCUUUCCUUACUUCGGAAACUGAUAAUGCUAUCAAUCUAGAGAGCAUUUUCUCUCACUUCGUGCUACCUCUACUAAGUGAUAAAAAACAUUCAUUCUUGGUCGCUAGAGCAUUGGAGACCAUUUCAAUCUAUCAAUCUCCAUUUUCGGAUAUGGGAAUUUUAUCCCAAAUUUUUGAAUCUGUAUAUGGGAACUUCGUUCAGAACAGCUCUCUACCGAUUCAAAUUGUCAGUGCUGAUGCUUUGAAAACAUUGGUGAUAUCUAAUCCUGAUAUUCAUUCGCAUAUUAAAUCCCAAGCUCCUCAAAUCAUGGAAAGACUUUUGAAAUUAUCUAAAGAGUUUGAAAUUGACACUUUAACAGAAGUCAUGGAAGCGUUUGUGGAAAGGUUUGCGGAAGAGCUUACUCCAUUUGCUAAUGAUUUAGCUCAGAACUUAGUCGAUCAGUUUAUGCAACUGGGCCAAUCUUUGAUUCAAAAUAGUAACAGUAACUCAAUUUCGGACCAAGACCAAGAAUUCCAGGCCUCCGGUAUGUUACAAACAAUGACUACUAUGGCUAUGUCCAUGAAUAAAGUAUGUUUGGUAAGCAAAUUCCUUCCUGUCGUUAAAUUUGUGAUUGUCAACGCACAAAUUAUCUUCUUAACUGAGAUUGUUGAUUUGAUGGAUUCAUUAGCCCUAAGCUCCAAGAGUUUGUUCAAUGAAUUCACCCCCGAAGUAUGGGAAAUGAUUCAUGACGUUCUUGACUCUUUCCAGACAUAUGCGUUGGAUUACUUUGAAUCUUACAAAAUCUUCUUUGAAACAGUAAUUAACUUCGGAUUCGUUCAGGAUCAAACAUACUUGCCAGCUUUCUUGAGCAUUUUGACAGAAGUUAUGGGUUCCGGUGUCGAUUACGAUAUUCAAUGUGCUGUUGAACUAUUAAUAUCAUAUGCUCUUUCUUUGAAAGAAAUUCCUCUUUUUGCUUCUUUCUGUGAUGCCGCAGUGGAUGAAGAAAUUGGUUUAGACGAUGCGCUAAUAGUUAAAAUGUUCAUGGCAGGAUUAUAUUGCAAACCAUUGGAGACUCUUCAAAUAUGCGAAAGCAAAGGAUUACUUCUUGGUCUAUUAAACAAAUGGGUUUCCAGUAAUCCAAGGACAGUAUUUUCCAUCAAAUUACAAAUGUUUGGUAUCAUGUCUAUGUUCCAGUUGCCUGAAUUACCAAGUUGCGUUACUGGCUUUAUGAAACCAUUAGCCAACAAACUAGUGAAACUAGUACAGGAACUUCCAGAUGCUAUGAGUAGGCGUACAAAGAUCGGAAAUGGAGAAUUUGAUGCAGAAGAUGAUAAUGAUAAUGAGGGCCUCGAUUUCUAUGAUGAAAUUGACGACGACUUCAAUGAUUCUCCGUUAGAUGAUAUCGAUCCAUUCUCAAAAUUGCAUGAAUUCUUCGUAUCACUACAGCAGUAUAAUCCCGAAAGGUAUCAUAUUGUGAUGCAAUCAAUGGACAGCGACUCUCAAGAUGCAUUGAAAACAAUACUUGAGUUUGUAACUUCAAGCUUAUGA